AUGAAAUUCCAAUACAAGGAAGAUCAUCCUUUCGAGUACUGGAAAAAAGAAGGGGAGAAGAUUCGGAAAAAAUACCCAGAUACAGUCCCUGUAAUUGUGGAGAAGGCACCUAAAGCCAGAGUUCCUGACCUGGACAAAAGGAAGUACCUGGUGCCCUCUGACCUUACAGUUGGUCAGUUCUACUUCUUAAUUCAGAAACGGAUUCACCUUCGGCCAGAAGACGCCCUAUUCUUCUUUGUCAACAACACUAUCCCCCCUACUAGUGCUACCAUGGGCCAACUUUAUGAGGACAACCAUGAGGAAGACUAUUUUCUCUAUGUGGCCUACAGUGAUGAAAGCGUCUACAGGAAGAAGAAGGCAUUGCAGAACAGAGCUGCUGGAUUGGCUGGGGGAAGUUUUCCACAUGUAUGAUUGGGAAAUGGGGAUGGCAUCCCUCCUUCC